AAUUUUUGUAUGCAAACUUAUAACAACCCUGAUGGUUAAUUUGAAUCAAUACGAGAUAUUGAUAGAGACCUCAUUACAUAACAAAAUCUGGAAAAUCAUAUCCCACCAUAAAAUCCUCUUCCACCACCAUAAAAACCUAUUAAUCCAGAAUUAAAAGGCAAUGUAUUAUAUAAUUACUAAAUUAAAAAAGAUCUUUCGUGAAAUGAGUAUUAAUAGAAAAAGUGAAGGAUUUCUAUAAUUCAAAACAUCUGAAGAAUUUAUACUUACUAAUGCAAAAUAACAUUUACUUUGUUCUGAUACUGUCAUAGAACAGCUAGACUUAAGAGUUCUAAUCUCUGAUCGUAGUCUCUAAUCAAUUAUAUCUUUUUUAAAAGAACGUAUUACCUUAGAAUAAAAUAAUGUUAAAUUAUUAACUCAUAAAAAUCCUUCAUUUCUCUCUAUCUUUAAAGAUUAAGAUCAAGUCAUCUAUCCUAAAUUUUCAGCUUCAUUAGAACAUCUCAAUUAAUUACAUUAGUCAUAAGGCAAAUCACUUUAGAUUUUAAUUACAAAUAUGGAAAAAAUGAUAAAAGAAAAAUUCGAAACAAAUAUUAAUGCUUAUUCUAGUAAUAUUAAUGCAAUUGUUGCAAAAAUUAAAACAAAAAGAAAAUCAGCAAGAGAAUAGCUUGCUAUUCUUAAUGAAAGAAGCAAGAAAUUUUAUAAAUUAUAUAAUGAAAUGAUGAGUAAUGGAGGUAAUCAUAAAAAAAGGUCUAAAGAUCUUUUCAAUUAAGAAAGAAAGUUUAAGCAUGUUAUGCAUUAAUAAAUUAUUUAAUUAGCUCAAUUAGGAGAAGAUAUAAUUGCAUAUUAUAAUGAAAUUAUUAAAUAAGAAUCUUAAAGAUUAGAAAUAAUUUCAGUAGGAAUGAGAUAUUAUUUGGAAAAAUUCCAUGAAACAUACUUAUGUUUGGUGAAUAAAUUUAUGAAAUUACUUUUUAUAGAAUCAUAUCAUUAUUUACAUAUUUUAAAUUAUAUAAUACAGUUACGUAGUUUAAUUAUAAAAUUUUAAUUUAUUUAGGGAAGUUUUAAUUUUGCUUCAUUAAAAUGUGAUGAAAUUUUAUGAUUAAAACUUAAAAAAACAUGGAUUAAAAAUAAAUCUGAUUUUAAAAUAGAAUUUGUAAAAAAUUGAUUAUUAAAAGAUAGAUUCAAUACAACUCCAAGUGCUUAGGUGUAAUUGGUAUUACAGAAAUUUAAGGAGUAUAAUUCAAUAGAGGAAAGCAGUUGAAUAAUAUUUAAGGAUGUGGGAUUUAUUAAGGAUAUUUUAAACUCUCAGGAAAUAGGAUUUCCUUAAAUAAAAUAUUAUUUAACUUAAUUUCCUUUAUCAUUAGUGAAACCAACAUUACCAUAAACAAAUCCUUUUAUUUUGAAAUUUUUUUCUCGAGUAUAGUGAGAUGUUGGAUCAGUACUGACAGAAUAAUAAAAUUGUUUAGCAAUAGUAUCAAUAGACAGAAAUAUAUUAUUAUAUGA